AUGUCGCAGUCUUCCAAGACCAAGAGGAAACGCACGCGGAAGCCCACGAAGGAAAAGGACAGCCUGUCGCGUCAGACUUCCUUGUGGGACGCAUUCGGCAUCAAGUCCUCUUCCAAGAAGAACACCCCACAAGCGUCCGCUGCCACCUCGGAGAACGAGUCUGUCCCAGCCGACGAUGUCAUCGACAUAUGUUCGUCUGACGCAGAGCAUGUCCCGGAAGACUCGAGCAUUCCCCCAGCCUCGUCCAACCCAUAUCCCGCGGAAGGCAGUAGCUCAAAUGAGAAGGGAGAGCUUGCCUCUGACGGCAGCAAAGAUGUUCCCAUCAUCAUAGUCGACAGCUCGCCAUUACGCUCUCCAGCGCGCCCUCGCAAAGUGCUACCACAACAUCCUCCCAAACCGUUGUACUCCAUCUUCGCACCUCGAAAGCGGCCAGACGACCGGUCAUCGUCGCAGACGCCCGCCCCUCGAGGUUCCACUGCAUCCGUAGCAUCGUUUCCCGACUUUGCCAUGCAACACGUUAGAGGUCCUCAAAGCGUGUUCCACUCGUCCCCCUCACAAACGCUUCCCCGUUUACGGCGAAAUGAUGCGGUGGAACCUGCAGAAGCCUUCGACUACUCACGUCUUACGCGAAAACGUGCCCAUGACACUGCACUCAACCCCUCAGCUCCCUCUUCCGACCACUCACACCUUUUAGACGCUGUCACACAGGAACGAUUCCACGCCGAUAUCCCUGAGACGCAUCGCAGCUACCCCGCCCUCAGCCGAUUCUUAGCAAAGGACCCUCAGAAUGCGGACGAAACGUCCGGUGGCUCAGCUUCGUCUCACACACUGUGGAACGAUAAAUGGAGGCCGCGGCGUGCCGACCAAGUGCUUGGGAACGAGCGGUCUGCACUCUACCUCCGCGACUGGCUCCUGGCUUUGAAGCUGCACAUAUCUAGAUCUGACGACACGGGCAAACGGAAGGGUAAAGGGACCAAACGGCGUCGCAUCAUCCGGGAAGUGCAGAGAAAGCGCCGCCGAGUGGGUUCUGAAGAUCCGGAGGAGCCUUGGCUGGCUGAAGACUCUACCGACGAUGAACACCCACCAGAGGUCGUCUGGGGAUCGGAAGACGAUCCCUACCCUCCGGCGUUGUCGCGACUAAAGCGCGCGGAGACGGACGAAACCAUCGGCGACCCACCUUCAAGUCCACCAACGCUUUCCCAGACCACUGAAGAAUACGCCUCUUCGCAGCGGUCCAGCACGGUUCCAACUUUUUCCUACAAACCCCCGCGUCUCGGUAGCGAGGUGCACAGCACUAUUCUUCUCUCCGGACCCAGUGGCUGUGGGAAGACUGCUGCAGUGUACGCUUGUACGGAGGAGCUCGGGUGGGACGUCUUCGAAGUGUACCCCGGCGUUGGCGAGCGUAGCGGCACAGCACUCAACAAGCUUAUCGGCGAUGUGGGCAAGAACCACCUCGUCACGCAGAACCAGCAACAAGCGACACCCGAACCCGACAUCCGAGAAAAGAAGCCACUACGUCCUAAGACUAAUUUCUUCGCUAAACGGGUGGUUUCGGACGACGAGGGCGAGGAAACGCUGAUCCAGAACGCGCUUCCGAUACCGGAGGUCGAGCAGCCGAAGCCUCAGGCCGAAAUGAUGUCAGUGGCCAGCCAGUCGAUCGUACUCGUGGAGGAAGUGGACGUGUUGUACAAGGAGGAUGCGGGCUUUUGGCCAGCGCUCCUAAAGAUCAUCAAAGAGUGUCGAAGACCGAUCGUUCUGACCUGCAAUGGUGAACUUCUUUUCCUGAUACACUACAACUCGGUUAGCUGA